UUUACGUAAUUGUCGAUACUUUUCUCCACACCCACCACAAAAUAAAAGUAAAAAUAAACAAACCACUUGCUCUAACUUAUAAAGCAGCUAUGUGACAGUUAAGAAAACAAAGUACCGUUCAUUCUCGGCGAUGCCCCUCUCUCUGACAACAUCUACUUGUAGAGCAUAAGAGACAACAAACCAAAGUAAUGAUCGGGAAAAUAUUUUAUUUCAAGAUUUUUCUGUCUUGUUUCCUCGCUAUUUUUAAUUCAUACUGGUUAUGUGUCGAUGCCGUUUCGAAAACAAAUGUAGACAGAAACAAGACGUUAGUCUGGGGAAUUGGUUUAAGAGCAAAUGCCACAUUACCAGUGCGGUAUUUCUUUAUCCAAGCUGUCGAUCGGUUUGGACGAAAUUUUACAGAAUCAGUUGGUGAAAAAGCUUUUCAUGUUUCAUUAUCAGUGAAAGGAACGCAUGUUUGGUACGGUCUCAAUGUUUUAGAUCGGCAGGAUGGAUCUUACAUUGUGAGGUAUCGUCUACAUAGAUCAUAUAAGGAUAUUGAAAUCCACGUUAAGCAUAAAGGAAAGCAUGUUUCUUCAUCACCAUUCACCCUUCACGGAACUUCAUAUCAUGAGGAUUGUUAUUGUCCAGUGUUGAAUUUUGACAAAUGGCUUAAAGUAAUGGAAUGUCCUUCAACAUACAAACAAAUUGAUGAUGACUUAAAGAUUUGGCAAAAUGCAAUAAAUAUGGAAAAAUUAGCUCCAAAAAUAGUCAAAAGAUUCAAUCAACAUGGACAACAUAGUAUUUGUCAUUACAAAAUAAUCAACAACAAGUUGAGCCGUAAGUGUUAUGGAGAACACACAGGGUUUAGUAUAUUUUCUGAUACACCAUUCCUUUCAUUGGCUCGCAAAGUUAUCCUGCCUGAUAUGGAGUUCUUUAUCAACCUCGGUGACUGGCCAUUAUCUGAGAAGUCAAGUAAGCAAAAAUAUCCGAUAUUUUCUUGGUGUGGUUCUCAUGAAACAAAAGACAUUGUGAUGCCAACCUAUGAUAUUACAGAAUCUACUUUGGGAAUGAUGACGAAGGUAACACUUGAUAUACUUUCUGUCCAAGGCAACAGUCCACCCUGGGCCAAUAAAUCUGACUUAGCAUUCUGGAGAGGACGAGACAGUCGUGAGGAGAGAUUGAACCUGGUCAUGUUGAGUAAGAAACAUCCAGACUUGGUUGAUGCUAUGUUAACAAAUAUGUUUUUCUUUCCAAAAGACGAGAAAAAAUAUGGCAGAAUUGUAGAACCUGUCUCAUUUUUUGAUUUUUUUAAGCACAAAUACCAAUUGAAUAUUGAUGGCACUGUGGCUGCUUACCGUUUCCCUUACCUUCUGGCUGGCUCAAGUGUUGUUUUGAAACAAGAUUCCCAUUAUUAUGAACAUUUUUACAACGAACUUACUCCCUAUGUGCACUAUAUCCCAGUGAAGAGAAAUUUGAGUAACCUCUUAGAUCAACUACGAUGGGCAAAAGAACAUGAAAAUGAAGUUAAAAACAUCGUGGAAAAUGCUCAGAAUUAUGUACUGAAUCGUCUUUUGCCAAAAGAUAUAAUCUGUUACCAUGCCAUCCUCAUCAAUAAAUACUCAAAACUUCUCAAAGCCAAACCAAUACCAGACAGUACUUUCACUAAAGUUGACCAACCUUCAGACGACGAUUCAUACUGCCAGUGCCAUAGAAAAAAGCCAAAGAAAACACAUGAAGAAUUAUAACGACAGAACUAAUGAAAUUUCCAAGGAGAAAAAGGAAAUUUACAUUACUAAAAAAAUAUAACGCAUUAGGGUUUUAGCUUUGAAAUUUUGUUUUACAAGGGAGUUUGACAAUUUAUUUUUGAAGGGAGUCUGAAAAAUUCACUAGCACUUUUUUAGCAAGUCUUUUUUUUUUUUUUUUGCUUCAGCUAGGGGGUUGUGUAUAUAUAUAUAUAUAUAUUUAUGUAUUUUUAUUUCUUUGCUACUUUACUGGCAAAUAGUCAUUAUGCCGUGGGUCUUAUGCUUUGUUGGUGUGGAAAGGAAAUAUAAAAAGUUCCUUAUAGAUUUCCCAGAAAAUUAUUAUUUCUAAAGUUAUAUCAUUUCAGACUAUUAACCUCAUCUUGAUACAUUUACAUGUACACAAUAUCAUCUAGAUUCGAACUAGGAACCUUUGUUUCUGCAGUUAUAGGCACAGGUGUGGCUGUGUAGUAAAACAUUUGCUUUCAAACUACAUGUGUGGUACUUUGUGCAUGUGUCUUCUGCUAUAGCCCCAAGCCGACCAAAGCACUGUCAGUGUAUUUGGUAGAUAGAAACUGAAAGAAACCCAUCAUAUUAUGUGUGUGUGUGUGCUUGACAUUGUGUGAUAGCUGUAAAUGAGUGUCACCAUCACACAAGCAGUGUCAUUCAUUUUCAAUAUUCCACAAGGACAUAUCUGGCCUCGGAAAAAUAUUAUUUCAAUUGGAAACAGCUGAGGGUUGGGAUAUUUAUUUUGAUAUUUCUGUUUUAUUGUUGUUGUUGUCUUACUUUUGUAUAUUUCUGAAAACUGUCUCAGUACUUCAGAUGCAUAAUGAAGGCGCUAUAUUUUAUGAGCAUUAAUCAAGUUUUAGUAUCAGAUGAUGAUGAUGAUGAGAUGAAAAAAGAAAAUUAAUACAGGCAUACCUUAACUCACAUCAUUUUCAGUUAUGCUUUUUCAUCUUUAUCAUUUUUUUUUCUUACGUGUGGCUGUGUGGUAAGAAGCUUGCUUCCCAACCACAUGGUUCCGGGUUCAGUCCCGGCAUGUGGAACCUUGGGUGAGUGUCUUCUACUCGCCCAGUCCCACCAGGCAAGUGUCUUCUACUUGUUCAGUCCCACCGUGUGGAACCUUGGACGAGUGUCUUCUACUUGCCAUGCUUUGUGAGUGGAUUUGGUAGGCAGAAACUGAAAGAAGCCCACCAUAUAUAUAAUAAUAGUAAUAUUUCUAAUUUAGGCACAAGGUCAGCAAAUUUGAUAUGAGGAGUUGGUCGAUGCAGUCAACCCACUGUUUAUCUGAUACUUUGAUUUUCAUCCUGGGAGGAAUAAAAUAAAGUUCAACCUCAGCAGGGUUUGAACUCAGAACAUAAAGAGCUGGAACAAAUAUUGCUAAGCAUUUUUUUUUUUUUAUUUCAAGCCUCUAAUGAUCCUGCUAAUCCACAAUAAUAAUUUUUUUUUGGAGUUCCCCCUACACACUCUUACUCCACUGUACUAUUUGGUGUAUCUAGAAAUACAUGAGUGUAUUUCUAGCUCCAUUCUGUUUACAUUAUUUAUAAAACAACUGGGUUAUUAAACUUACUGUAUAUUUACUAAUUCGAAGCGUUAAACAAAUCAUUGGUGGGUCUUUGGGCUCUCUUCUGUUGGCUUCCGGCCUUCUGUUGGAGGCUAACAUGGUAAACAUACAUUUUCAUACAUUGGUUAUGACUGUUUGGUCAAUUUAUCGUGUGACAAUAAAAUCCAUAUUUCUAAUUAACCCUUAUUAAUUAAGCAAAUAUAUCCUCUCAAAAUAUCAUUACCUUUGGCAGCAGAAAGCAGUUUUAUAUACCAAUCUAUGUUUUGUUGAGGCGUGUCAAGUUUAUUGAGGUCACAAUUCUUUUUUUUCUUUUUUUUUUGUGAAUAUUUAAAUGAAAAGAUGUGAAUGGAUUAAUAAAAUAGGACAGGAAUGAGUUUUAAUCUGAUAAUGUUGCUUCAAAUAUUAUAUUCAUAGGAGUGGGGGGGUGCAAAAUUGCUAGCUUCGGUCUUCAGUCUGGACCCCUUACAUUAUUUCAUGCCGGCAAUCAUAAUAUUUGAUGCUGUUGUUGAAUAUUUGGUCGUUUUGAAUAAUUUAUAUAAGUGAGCGUGUGUAGAAGAUUUUUUUUUUUUUUUUUUUUUUUAAUGGUUUGAUCAAAGGAGGAAGAAUGAUGUCUCAGAGAUUGCUAGGAGGGAAGGAGGAAGUUAUCUUCAAACUAGAAACUGCUCCAGAUGUUUGCAACAGAAGGGACCCCACUGAAGUCAUCCCUGGUGAUGAUAGCAGUGCUGAAGUAGGCCAUUCAAGAACAGGAACAGUCACUCCACCAAAUUUUAUACUUCAAGCAUUUGGUCAGCCUGAGACUUGUAUUAAGAUACAUUUACCCAGGGUGCCAUGGAGAACUGAGACCAAACCUGAAAGAACAAUCACAACGCAAACGCCAAGUCAAUGGUCAUUACCUUUGAAAUGAGCUGAAAAAGACCAGCACAUUAAUUUUUGUGUGUGAUGAUGAUAAUCUGAGGUUUAAUAGGAAAUCAGACACUACUAAAGUAAAUUGUCUCGUGGUGUCAUCCCUGAUUGUUGAAAUUUGGAAAAAAAUCACUAAAAAUCAUUUCUCAUAAUAGAAAACUUGAAGAAAAAAAACACAAAAGAAAAAUGCAAUUGUUUGUGUAGAAUAAAUAUAUUUGUCUUCCAAUUUGAAUUUCUGCUGUUUAUUGUCUUUUGAAACAAUUGUAUAAAAAAUGUGUUUAUCAGGGCAGGGCUGAUAUGUAGCAUGGUUCAUAUUCUACCAACAGAAGACCUUCCAUCCAUAUGAACUUUUUUUUUUUUCGUCUUCUUCAGACUGGGAAUUGAAAUGAAUAUUCUUGUGUCAAUUUUUUUUUAUUUAUUGGGUCAAUAAAAUAUAUUGUUUUUUAUCUGUAAACAAAAUUUUGAGAAUUUAGAAAGAAAGGGGGCAAUUGUAUAAUAUAAUGAGGACUUUGUGGAAAAUCCUUUUUUUUUUAAAUAAAGUUUAUUUUCCAAGGAA